AUGUUUAGACAAGCUGUUCGUCAAGUUGCUAAGCAAUCAUCUAAUGUUGUUAGAAGAACUUACGCCACUGAAGGUUCUACAUCAUCUGAUGCCUUAAAGUUAUCAUUAGCUUUACCACAUCAAACCUUAUAUUCUGAAGCUGAAGUUCAACAAGUUAAUUUACCAUCUAUUAAUGGUGAUUUAGGUAUUUUAGCUAAUCAUAUUCCUAUUGUCGAACAAUUAAGACCAGGUUUAUUAGAAAUCAUUUCCAAAGGUGGUGAAACUGAACAAUUUUUCGUUAGUGGAGGUAUUGCAACUGUUCAACCAGGUAAUAAAUUAACCAUUAGUGCCAUUGAAGCUUUCAAACCAGAUCAAUUUGAUGCUCAAGCUGUUAAAUCUUUGAUUGCUGAUGCUCAAAAGAGAGCUGCUUCCAAUGAUGAAGUUGUUGUUGCCGAAGCUACUAUUGAAUUAGAAGUUUUAGAAGCUUUACAAGGUGUUGCUAAAUAA